AUGCAGCUCUGGGUCUCUCUCUCACUUCUCCGGCUCUUCACCUUCUGCCAAGAGCUUCGAUCAGAAUUAAGACAAGGGAAGCCCGAAUGUGAGCUUUUUUAUUAUGGCGGUUGUAAUGGCAAUGGCAACAACUUUUUGAGGAAAGAAGCAUGUGAGAAAGCCUGCAACAACACCUGA